AUGGUUUUCCUCUUUUGUGUGUUGUUCUUGGACUCCAUUUUUGAUUAUGACGCCCCGGAGGAACUUGGCGUUGAUCCGCUCGCGCCGGAGUGUAUGGAGUGUGUUGGAGAACGGCUCCUGGUGGAUGCCAAGACGGGCAGAGUGGGAGAUAAUAGUGGGGAGAACGUUAUCCCGUUAAUGGUGGUCCCGCUCAUGCUUGACCUGGUAGAGUUCAAGAAGGUGAUCUGCAAUAUCAGUGUGCCAAUCCGGCGGCUGGUUUUGGUCCAGAACGGCGAGGAGGCGAAGCUGUGGUUGCACCUGCAGAAAGUAGAGAACUUGUAUGGGCGGACUGGGCGCUUGAUUGUGAGGCAUUUCCCGGAAAACACUGCGUAUAGCAGCGCUGUGAACGUCGGGUUGCGUUUCUUGCUUUCGCUCCCCUGCGAGGAAGCACCUUUUGUUGUUGUGACGAACAGCGACGUGACCUUUUCCCCGGAGCUUCUUCCCAAACUCCUGCGUGACGCGUAUGCGCAGACAAGGCACGAUGCAGCUCGCAUGGACGCGUUGGCUGCAGAAGUGGCUAAUGAACCGAACGAGUACAGCCGUGCCUCCGGAAGAAAUAUGAAGUUGCUGCGCUCUACGCCGGAGGAUGGCCGAUUGUCGACCUCAGCGCUGCUCCCCGACCGUAUCCGUUACGCCCCUCUGGACGCGCGUGCAACGGCAUUUUCGCAGCACUACGCAUGCUUCUGUGCGCAGUACGACGGGUGGUGUUUUACUUCUGUUAUCUUGACACGCUUGGCGUUCAGUACGGUGGGAUAUUUUGACGAGAACAUUUACCCGGCCUACUUUGAGGAUGUCGAUUAUCUCUUACGCCUCCGCUUGCGUGGGUUUAAGGAGCGAAAGGUCAGAUACGGCACCUUUGUGCAUCAACUGGCUUUGAAUGCCCGUCUCUCCAAGAAGCUGCAGGUAAAGGAAGCUAUCUGGUAUCGUCGCGUCAGGCAGUUUUCGUCAAACUAUGUGUGCGCCUAUGCGAAAUGGGGGCGUAUGGCGGAGUUCGAUAGUGGGUACAAGGAGCCAUUUAAUGGCACGGUUCCCGUGGAUGUUUGGGUGAGGAUGAGGGCCGCAUACAGCGCAUCCGGGACUACGGGCAUGAUGAGCGGCAAAGAAUUCCAGCUCUUGGCUACAAUAUGA